AUGUCUGGUAUUGCCUGCUCCAUAGCAAAGAAGAAACAGAUGGCUUGUGCUGAGCAAGAAAAAGCUUAUGCAGAGGCAAUGAAGGAAUACCAUGAUGAGCAGAAGAAGCCUGAAAGCAAGAGGAAGAGCAGAAAGGCCAUUUGCAGAGAUGUUGCAGAGAAGCUUGAGGGAGGAUGGACCUGUGGUCAGUUCAACACAGAACAAAAUGCAUGGCUUUCACCUGAGGAGGAAGAGAGCAUUGUUGCAUACUGUAUUGAGCUUGGAAACUGA